AUGGAUCAUAAAGAAAAGUUAUGUGCAGAUGCCUGGGAAAAUCCUUCCUCUGGGAAUGAUUUAACAAAUAAGAUUUCCUCAGAUUGUCCUCCUUUUGCCAAUUUCAAACCACAGCUCCAUCAACAGAAGUGGGAAGAUCCCUCUAUUUUAGAUUAUGGUGGCAUCAGGAUUGAACCAUCCUUCCAGGAAUUCAACCAGCCUUCUGAAACUCAAACAUCCCUUCCUUGCAACUCCAAUAAUGAUACAAAAAUGGCAAAUCGAGAAGAUGGUCGGAUGCGUGAGACACCCCAGGCCAAUAAAAGUCAAGAUUGGGAUCCAAGAACAAUGUUGAACAAUCUUUCUUUCUUGGAACAAAAGAUCCACCAGCUCCAGGAUUUAGUGCAUUUGAUUGUCGGCCGGAGAGGUCAAGUUCUAGGACGACCAGAUGAACUUGUGGCUCAGCAACAGCAGCUCAUAACUGCUGAUCUGACUUCAAUUAUUGCUCAGUUGAUCUCUACUGCAGGUAGUCUUCUACCAUCCGUGAAGCAUACACUUUCCACCGCGACACCUUCUAUUGGACAGUUUGGGCAGCUUGGUGGGUCAUUUGUUCCUUCUGGAGUAGGAACUGAUGCUUCUGUGAAGCUGCAAAAUAGUAACAGAAGCAAAUUAGCUGAUCAAUCCAACCAGACAGAUCUCAUCAGUAAUUAUGGGACUGAGCAAAACUACAGCGUUGAAGAACACGAAUCAAAAGACGAAGAAGAUGCUGAUGAAGGUGAGAACCUUCCACCUGGCAGCUAUGAAAUUUUACAGUUAGAGAAAGAAGAAAUCCUUGCACCUCACACUCACUUCUGUGCAAUAUGCGGAAAGGGAUUCAAGAGGGAUGCAAAUUUAAGGAUGCACAUGAGAGGUCAUGGAGAUGAGUACAAAACCCCAGCAGCACUUGCGAAGCCCAACAAAGAAUCUAGCUCUGAACCCACACUUAUCAAAAGGUAUUCCUGCCCUUAUGCUGGCUGCAAGCGGAACAAGGAUCACAAAAAGUUUCAGCCAUUGAAGACUAUCUUAUGUGUCAAAAAUCACUACAAGAGAACCCACUGUGACAAAAGUUACACUUGCAGCAGAUGCAACACCAAGAAGUUCUCUGUUAUUGCAGAUCUUAAAACUCAUGAGAAGCAUUGUGGUAAGGACAAAUGGCUUUGUUCUUGUGGCACUACCUUCUCAAGGAAAGACAAGCUUUUUGGGCAUAUUGCCCUUUUUCAAGGCCAUACUCCUGCCAUACCCGUUGAUGAAACGAAAGGAACUCUAGGGCCAGCCGACCAUGGGGAAGGCAGUGAAGCAUCAAACAGAGUUGGAAAUAUUAACUUCAGUUUUGGCUCCACUGCUCCUGGUGUGGGUGAUGUAGUUCAAAAUCUCAUGGAUGUGAAAGAAAGUAUCAAUGAUCCUACUAGUUAUUUCUCCCCAUUGAAUUUUGAAACAUGUAAUUUUGAUGGGUUUCAUGAGUUCCCUCGACCCCCAUUUGAGGAUUCAGAGAGUUCAUUCACUUUUCUCAUGCCAGGGUCCUGUAAUUACACUCACAAAAGUGGAGGCGAGCCAAAUUCGAAUGAUCUGGAGUGA